AUGUCCUCAGCAGAUGAAUCGUCUACUGGAUUCACAUUCUUGAAUACAAAUGAAUCCAAACUAUCCCAACCCGCUUCCAAGCGCAUGAGAGCACAUAUUACAAAAGCCAAUUUCGCCAAAAGACGCCAGCGACUUAGCAAGGAUGCGAUUCAACAAAACCCGACAAGAAAACCAACUACUCUGCCCGAAGAUGAACCAGAGACACGAAAAAGAAAAUCACAGACCUUAGCAACCCAUAAUAACCCAAGUUUAUCAGAUAUAUCUAAUCUGCUCAUUUCGAAUCGCGAUAUCAAAGCUUUCCACGAGCUACAAGAGCUCGUCUUCCUCCAAGGUCGCCAUGGACCAGACACUCCCAGCGAAGCAGCAUGGUUCAAUCUUGUCGCGUCCGAACCAGCCCUCCUCGAAGCCUCAAUGGCAGUAGCCGUACGACAAUGGUCACCAGAUGAACUAUGCCAAUUAAAAGCAGAUCGCCACUCCUCUAAUGCAGUCAAAAUCCUCACACAAGUUAUUACAUCUACUCAAGCCCGUACAGACGGCGUGCUAGCUGCUAUUCUCACAAUGGCUCUUGGAGCAUCACUUGCAAGCGACGAUAUAGCGUGGAAAGUUCAUAUUAACGGAUUAUGUCGUAUUGUACAAGAUAGAGGAUCUUUUGGGCGCUACGCUGUUCCAAUAUUUGGCUUUCCCCGCGUCUACCACGAAAGUAUCAUCCACUCAUUAAGCUGGUGGCACGAUGCGAGAAUCCUCAAAAUACCAACGAUUUGCGACCGGGUAAUUCAACUACGGAAGCUCAUCGACUCACAUCACCAGUAUCACUUCGAUGACACCUUCGUCGCAAGAGAAAUCGAAGAACCAUUGGCAAAACUCCAUUAUGAAGCGCGUGAUCUUCGAGACGAAAACAACUCUCAAAUUGAUUCUGUCGGACGGACUAUCGAAUUAAUACUUUAUCUUUUGUGGCCUUCUCAAUCUGCUGCGCAUCUGACACUGCUAGCUGAGGAGUUGAAGGGUGCGAUAUGUAGAUACCCGUUUAAAAGAUGCGUUGUUAUGGAUUUAACGUCGUUUCAGUUGAUGAUUGGGGCUUUGGCUGCUGAUAAGGGCUCGGAUACACGAAUGUGGUUCAUGGAUAAGAUCUCGAUGGCAGUGCAGUUUAUGCAGGUACGGGGUUGGGAAAGGCCUUUGGAGAUUUUAGAGAGAAGAUCUUUGUUGGAGGCUGGGUUGAUGGAUCGGUUUAGAGGUGUGUGGCAGGAGCUACAGUGUCAAUGA